CUCUUUGUUGUUUCAAAAUGUGGUGUAAAGACAAGGGUCAGAUAGCCGUGGUAUUGCUGUUCUUUUUCCUCUGCGAUGCAUUUGCUCAGCCCCGUUUCAAAGGACGGAAGCAAAUCGCAAAACACCAGAAGCCCGCGGUCAUGCAUUAUGUUGAGCCGAGAGCUGGCGCUCCGCAGACCGUAACCGCUCAGUGCACCGACAGUGAGGUGAUCGUCACCAUCAGUCCGGACUUGUUGGGCAUCCAAAAGCUGGUGCAGCCUUCUGAUCUUUCCAUGGGUGGAUGUGGUGUGACCAGUCCGGCCGGUGCUCAGCCCUUUGUGAUUGAAGCGCCUCUGCAGGGCUGUGGGAGCACCGUGGAGAUGCAAGGAGCUCUCAUAGUGUACACCUUCACCCUUGACUACAAUCCUUCUCCAAUUGAUGGUCUUCCCAUUGUAAGAACAAAUCCAGCUGUGGUGCAGAUUGAAUGCCAAUACAACAGGCUACACAAUGUAAGCAGCAAUGCCUUAAACCCCACUUGGGUUCCAUACACCUCCACGAUAUCUGCUGAGGAUAUUCUGGGCUUCUCGCUUGUUAUAAUGAGCAGUGACUGGAGUGGGCCGAGUCCAUCCAACACAUUCUUCCUAGGAGACCUCAUUAACCUUCAAGCAUCUGUGGACAGCACUAACCAUGAGCCUCUCCGUGUCUUUGUGGACAGCUGUGUGGCCACUCCUGGGUCCAAUGCAUCUGCCCCAGCCUACACCUUCAUUGGGAAUAAUGGGUGUUUCUUGGACAGCCAACUGACAGGCUCCAAUUCCCAGUUCGUGUCCCCCAGAGUUGCCCAGUCUGUAAUGCAGUUCCAGCUGGAUGCCUUCAGGUUUUAUGGUCUGACUACUAGUUCAAUCUUCAUUACCUGCCAUCUGAAGGUGACCUUGGUGUCUGCUAAUGUUGAUCCUUUGAAUAAGGAUUGUUCAUACAACUCUGCACUGAGCCAGUGGAGCUCAGUGGAUGGGGACAAUGCUGUCUGUAGCUGCUGUGACACAAGCUGUGCCAACCCCCCUCCCUUCAAGAGGGGCUCUGGUGCCCUAAACACAGACCCAGGAGAGCAAGUGAAGUGAGUGCACCAGCUGGAUGGAAGGAGACCAUUUCUGUUGGCCCUCUUUUUCUGGAGCAGGUCUCUCCUUUGUCUUCUGUAUCACAGUCCCUGUCUGGCCAGCAAGAUGAAGCCUCUGCAGGCUCCCAGUUCCAAGAUUCCAUCCUUGGUGCUGUUGUUGGUGUCCUGGCUGUCUCGUGUGUGGCUGUACUAUUGUUUGCCUACAGAAAAAAGAACAUUAACACUAAGCAAUAAAAUUUUAAACCUU